UCCAUUCAGUUAGAAAAAGGGGAAGUUAUAACUCCCACCAUAUACUCUCAUUGAUUCGACCACUUCAAUAAAAAGAAAGAAAAACUCUAACAGGACGACCUCAUGUUUUCGAAUCCAAGAAAUAACAGAAUCCGAACUCGCAUGCAACUGCAACCAGAGUUUAAGUUGUUAUGUCAAGUGGCGGUUUUACGGUUCACACCAACAACCCCUCUAAGCUAUCACCAAAAGUACCAUUUAAUAACAAUUGGAACCCCACGCGAAAUCCUCCCCAACCCAAACUUUAUUUACAGAUUCUGAAUAUCAUGAAAAUGACGAGUCUGCAGAAGAUCGGUGGUGACCACCGACUAAAGGGUUCUUGGAGUCCACAAGAGGACGCCACUCUCAUCAGCCUGGUUGAGAAUCACGGCCCUCGCAACUGGUCCCUCAUAAGCCAGGGCAUUCCGGGUCGCUCCGGCAAGUCUUGCAGGUUAAGGUGGUGCAAUCAGCUCAGCCCCGAGGUGCAGCACCGCCCUUUUACGCCGGCUGAAGACGCCAUCAUAUACACGGCCCACUCCAUCCACGGUAACAGGUGGGCUACCAUAGCCCGCCUUUUGCCAGGACGGACGGACAACGCGAUCAAGAACCACUGGAACUCCACGCUGCGACGUCGUCGUGACUCUUCGUCCGAAUCGAACUCGGGGGCGAAACGCCUCGGAGGCCCGGAUGCAGCGAUCUCUCCAACUGCUUCCGUGGAGUGGGACUCGGGCGUUAGUAAGCGACAGUGCUUGAGUGCACCGCCGGAACAUACUGGUCCCGAUGAGGAAGAGGAUUUGGCGGGGCUCGAAGAUACUUCCCUGACGUUGUCGCUAUCGUUAACGGCAGGUAAGAAGAUGAAGGAGAAAGAGGAGGAAGUGGUGAAGGUCGAAGAGGUGGCACGUAUUGUAAGGAACGAGGAGGAGGAAGAGGGGACGUGUUUGGUGACGAUCAUGCAGAGGAUGGUAGCGGCGGAGGUAAGGAGUUACAUAGAUCAUUUACGGGCUGAGAAUGGGCUUGGACCUCCGUGUCUUCCGGCCCAAAAGGACCCAUACGAAAUUAGCAAAUCCUAGUUUUCGAGUGUAGUCUAGUUCUUCUAUUUAGUCAUGAAAAAUCAUA